AUGGCAUCCAAGCUUAUGCCGAGGGCCCUUCGAGGCAGCUUCAGAGCCGCUCAGAAUGCCACCUGGCAGCCGCGGAGGACAUUCGCCGUGUCGCCCAUUGCCCGGAGCGCAAGUCUCAACGUGCACCGCGACAGCCCCGAAAACAACCUGUCGGUCCCCUUCAAGUUCAAUGCGCAGAAUGAAGAGCUCAUCAAGGAGGUGCUGAGCCGCUACCCGAGCCAGUACAAGAAGGCGGCGGUAAUGCCGCUGCUGGAUCUGGGCCAGCGCCAGCAUGGCUUUACCAGCAUUAGUGUCAUGAACGAGGUCGCGAGGUUGCUGGAGAUGCCACCCAUGCGUGUCUACGAGGUCGCCACCUUUUACACCAUGUACAACAGGAAUCCCGUGGGCAAGUUCCACGUGCAGUGCUGUACUACCACACCAUGCCAGCUGAACGGCAGCGACGGUAUAAUGAAGGCCAUUGAAGAUCAUCUCGGCAUCCACCACGGCGAGACGACUGCCGACAACAUGUUCACAUUCACCGAAGUCGAAUGUUUGGGAGCUUGUGCCAACGCACCCAUGGUGCAGAUCAACGACGAUUUCUACGAAGAUCUCACACCGGAAACGACAAAGUCUCUGCUCACAGCUCUCAAGGAGGCAGCGGAGAAGACAGGCGCGAGCGGAAUGGCGCCUGGACUGGCGGGCGAUAGCGGUAAAGACCAAUCCGCGGGAGAGGCCACCGAACAGAAGUUGAAGCAAGGGGGAGCAGGAUACACGGCCCAGGGAGUGAGCAUUCCCGCACCAGGCCCUAUGAGCAGUCGCACUUCAUGUGAGAAUUCGGCAGGUCUGACCAGUUUGACCGGCGAGCUUCCCACACCCGAGCAAACACUCAGGACAGAUGGUCAGCUAUAG